AUGGCUGCAGGAGGAGGCAGGGUUUUAGAGAUGAAUCAGAGAAUAAAGGCAUUAAUAGUACCAGCAUUAUGGUUUUGUUGCUGGAUUUUGUUUACAAGUACUGAUAUAGGCAGCGCAGAAAGACUCCUCAAAACCAUUGAGCCAGGGCAUAUUGUGGAGAAGGAGAUGAGACAAGGUUUCCUAGUUCGAGUGCUUCAUUUCUUCUGGCAAAAAGGAAAAUCUUCUUACCAACAUGUCUGGCCAGAAAUGGAAUUUGGCUGGAAAAUUGUGCUAGGAACAAUAGUUGGAUUUCUUGGAGCAGCUUUAGGAAGUGUUGGAGGAGUGGGAGGAGGCGGGAUUUUUGUUCCAAUGCUCUCCUUAAUAAUUGGUUUUGAUCCAAAGUCAUCAACAGCCAUUUCGAAAUGUAUGAUAAUGGGGGCAGCCGGAUCAACAGUUUACUACAAUUUGAGAUUGAGGCAUCCAACAUUAGACGUUCCUAUAAUAGACUACGAUCUAGCCUUGCUAAUUCAACCCAUGCUUAUGCUGGGAAUCAGCGUUGGGGUGGUUCUCAAUGUCAUAUUGGCUGAUUGGAUGGUAACAGUGCUGCUCAUCAUCCUAUUCGUUGGUACAUCAACCAAAGCAUUCUAUAAAGGAGUUGAAACAUGGAAGAAGGAAAGUAAAAUGAAGAAGGAAGCAUCAAUGACAGUGGAACCAGAGUCCAAACCAGAAGAUAAUUCUGGAGGUGACUACAAGCCCCUACCAAGUGGUCCACAGCCUGCAACAGAUGAAACUGUACCCCUUCUGUAUAACAUCUACUGGAAAGAGCUAUCAUUGUUAACAUUCGUGUGGUUUGCAUUCCUGGCUAUUCAAAUUGUAAAGACAUACACAGAAACAUGCUCCUUCCGAUACUGGGCUCUGAACUUCUUGCAGGUGCCAAUUGCAGCUUCAGUUUCCGUUUAUGAAGGAAUCUGUUUAUACAAAGGAACCAGGACUAUCACAUCAAAAGGAAAAGAUGUAACCAAUUGGAAACCACAUUCGAUUGUUCUCUAUUGCUGCUUUGGCAUAUUAGCUGGUAUAGUCGGAGGAUUACUUGGCUUAGGAGGUGGAUUUGUGUUGGGACCCCUAUUUCUGGAACUGGGAAUUCCUCCACAGAGCAAGAUUAAACUGUAUUCGUAUGAACAGAAGUUCAGAGCAGAACCACCACUUAUUACUGGUGCUCUCUCAAAAGCAGAAAAAAAAUCUGAAGAUCGGCCCCCCAUUCGCUCCUGUCUUCCAUUUUCCUCCAUAGUUCCGCUUCAGAGGGUUGUUGUGGCUUUGUUGAACACGAGUAUGGCGGCGGGUCAUGAUGUAGUGAAAGAAGAACCGCUGGCUGAUUCUCCGACCUCUGUUCUUGAAGAUGAGGAUGUGUGCAAGGAGAAAAAUGGUGUCAAGUUGGAGGAAGAAAUACUUCUUGAAUCUAAGAAUGGAGAUUCUUCUCUCAUCUCAGAAUCUAUGGCUUUGGAGGAACAGAAGCUGCUCGAAGAGCGGGUGAAGAACGAAGAUGAUAGGCCUAAUGAAGUGCCUGUACUGAAUGAUAUCCAGUACAAUAAACUUGACGAGCUACUGACUCAGACUCAGCUCUAUUCAGAGUUUUUGUUGGAGAAAAUGGAAGAUAUCACCAAGGUUGGACUUGAGAAUGAUGACAAAUCUCCUGUAGAGAAGAAGAAAGGUCGUGGUGGGAAAAGGAAGGCAGCAGCAGAUUACAACAAUAAGAAAGCAAAAAGAGCUGUUGCCGCCAUGCUGACAAGAUCUAAAGAAGGCGGUUCUCAUGAGGAUUCAGACCUCACUGAGCAGGAGAGAACUGAGAAAGAGCAGGCUGAACUUGUACCCCUUUUGACUGGUGGCACUCUGAAGCCUUAUCAGAUCAAAGGUGUUAAGUGGUUAAUUUCAUUGUGGCAAAACGGAUUGAAUGGGAUAUUGGCAGAUCAAAUGGGGCUUGGGAAGACAAUUCAAACAAUUGGUUUUCUCUCUCACUUAAAAGGGAAUGGUUUAGAUGGGCCGUAUCUAAUCAUUGCCCCUCUUUCUACUCUCUCAAACUGGAUUAAUGAGAUAAAUCGGUUUACACCAUCUGUCAAUGCAAUUAUAUACCAUGGCAACAAGAAAGAAAGGGAUGAUAUCAGGAGGAAGCACAUGCCAAAAACAAUAGGUCCCAAGUUCCCCAUUGUAAUCACAUCCUAUGAAGUUGCAAUGACGGAUGCAAAAAAGCACUUGAGACAUUACAGUUGGAAGUAUCUUGUGGUCGAUGAGGGGCAUAGGUUGAAAAAUGCAAACUGCAAGCUAGUCAAGGAACUUAAGCUCUUGAAUGUUGAAAACCGGCUUUUGUUAACUGGAACACCCUUGCAGAACAACUUGUCAGAACUGUGGUCUUUGUUAAAUUUUAUCCUGCCAGACAUAUUCUCCUCUCAUACAGAGUUUGAGUCUUGGUUUGAUCUUUCUGGGAAGUGCACCGAUGAGGCUUUAAGGGAAGAAAUGGAAGAGAAGAGAAGAUCUCAGGUGGUGGCAAAACUACAUGCUAUUUUACGUCCUUUUAUACUCAGGAGGCUGAAAACUGAUGUGGAACAAAUGCUUCCUCGUAAGAAGGAAAUAAUCUUGUAUGCCACCAUGACUGAACAUCAAAAGAACUUUGCAGAUCAUCUUGUCAACAAGACACUGGAAAAUCAUUUGCUGGAAAACAAUGCCUCUGGACGUGGGAUGAAGGGAAAGCUUAACAAUUUGAUGCUACAGCUUCGGAAGAACUGCAACCACCCAGACCUAUUACAGUCAGCUUUUGAUGAUUCAUGCUUGUACCCACCAGUGGAUGAAAUAGUUGCACAAUGUGGCAAGUUUCGCUUGUUGGACAGUUUGCUGCAUAAGCUGUUUGCUCGACAGCACAAAGUUCUCAUCUUUUCUCAGUGGACCAGGAUUCUGGACAUCAUGGAUUAUUAUUUUAGUGAAAGAGGUUUUGAAGUUUGCCGGAUUGAUGGCAGCGUGAGGUUGGAAGAAAGGAGAAGACAGAUAAAGGAGUUCAAUGAUGAGAACAGUAAAUUUAGAAUUUUUCUUCUGAGCACCAGAGCUGGUGGGUUGGGCAUCAACCUUACUGCUGCUGAUACAUGCAUCUUAUACGACAGUGAUUGGAACCCUCAAAUGGAUUUACAGGCAAUGGAUCGAUGCCAUAGAAUAGGCCAAACCAAGCCUGUUCACGUUUACAGACUAGCAACUGCUCAGUCAGUGGAGGGUCGUAUGCUGAAAAGGGCCUUUAGUAAAUUAAAACUUGAGCAUGUUGUGAUUGGUAAAGGACAGUUCCAACAAGAAAGAACCAAACCCUCAACUGACUUACUGGAGGAAGAGGAUUUACUGGCGCUUCUCAGAGAUGAAGAAAAUGAAGAGGAGAAAUGGAUACAGACAGAUAUCUCGGAAGAAGAUCUAGAGAAGGUUUUGGAUAGGAGUGAUCUCGUUUCAGGUUCAGACUCAGCAGCCUUAAUUCCAGUGAAAGGACCUGGUUGGGAGGUGGUGAUCCCGAAUGUAACUGGUGGCGUGCUUGCCACCUUGAACAGUUAA